CGAGGCGACCCCGGGCCUUGUGAACGUGCAGCCCUCCAUGCGCUGGUCGGCAUUGCAUCAGGCGGCUGAAGCAGGUGAUGAAGGAGCAGUGCGCUUCCUUCUUGAGAAAGGUGCCAACCAAAAUUUGAAGACCAAAGAUGGACGUACAGCUUUACAGGUGGCGAAGAAUGCGAGCAUCCGCGCCCUACUGGGAGGGGGUGAGAAGCGAUCUGCGGAGAUGGAAGGCCAGGUGCCAAAGCUGCCAAGGCGGCUGUGGCGGCCGUUGCGGCUGCACCUGCUGCACCGGCGGUGGAGCUGGAGCUGAAAGUACACUACGCAGCGUCAGGGGCAGAGCUGGUCUCAUUAAAGUGGCCUUCUGACCAGACAGUGGAGGCAUUACAGGAGGAAUUGAGAAAGCAUUUGGAGUCUGGACAGAUAGUCUGGGAUCACAGAGAAACCAGAGAUUGAUAUUCUCUGUGUUCACAAAAAAGGAACGGUCAAUUUUUGCAUGAUCUAUUUGGUCCUGCACCUGGAUUUUUGAUCUAGAGAUAUCAAUUUGUUUGACUCUAUGAAUGCGGGGAGGUCGUAGCACAUCAUGGCCAUAUUGCUCAGGUUCAAAGCCUUCUGAAAGAGAACUAUCCACUGACUGCAAAUCAAACACUGCGGGAUGCUGGAGUUGAGACUGGCACCUCUCUCAAUGCAGUGAUUG